GCAACAAUUGGCUCUCGAAGCACAAACCUCAAAGCAAAGCGAAUUAUUACAAUCUCCGUUUGUGUUCAAGUUCAAGUGAAAGUUCCUGUUUUAGAAACCGUUCAAUACCAACUUCUGUAAAAAUGUCGAUCGUUCCGAUUUUCUUCCGUAACUGGUGGGAAGACGAAUGGGACCGUCCGUUGUGGAACUCGCGCCUGAUCGACCAAAAUUUCGGAGGGGGCAUUUCUUCGGACGACCUUCUCAACGUCCUGUCGACGGUGAACGAUUCGCAUAGCCACAGAUUACAGCAGCAUCAUCAUCAUCCGACCCAUCAUCAUCCGACGGGACGCUAUAUUCGCCCGUGGCACAGCUCGUGCGUUGCUAACAAGCCGGAUAUCGGCUCGGCGGUGAACAUCACCAACGAUAAGUUCCAAAUCAAUCUGGACGUGCAGCAUUUCGCUCCGGAGGAGAUCUCGGUAAAGUACGUCGACAAAUCCAUCAUCGUGGAGGGAAAGCACGAGGAGAAACAGGACGACCACGGAUACAUUUCGCGCCAUUUUGUACGCCGCUACAUAUUGCCGGUCGGCCACAACGAGAGCGAUAUCGCUUCGUCACUCUCAUCGGAUGGCAUCCUGACCAUCAGCUGCCCGAGGAAAGCGAUCGAAAAGAAACCCGAGAAAGCCAUUCCUAUUAUCCAAACUGGACAACCACUGAAAUCGUUGACUGGAAAAUCUUUCGCAGAAAAUGGCCAAAAGAAAGCUCAAGAUAAAAUGGAGUCAUAAGUGUGUCGGCCAAAUGUUUUACAACUCUGAUACUAUG